ACCCGACUCCCACCUCGACUCGAAGCAUGCUCAGCCGCUCGUCGUCCGCCAGCUCCACCUCGAUCUCGGCUUUCGGCUCGUUCGCCUCGACGUCGUCCUGGUCGUCGCACGGCGCUUUCGACUUCCUCGAGCCGGUCGAGUCGACCCUGCCGCACGACAUCGUCGACUGGUCGCUCAAGAUGCCGAGCCGCCGGUCGCCCGUCUCCUCCCUCGCUUCGACGAGCCAGCCCUCUCUCUACUCGUUCCCUCGCGGUCACACGACCCACGCCGUCUGCCCGAAGCAUGGCAUCGUCCACGACGCCGCCCUCGCCCUCCCCGAGCGCGAUUCGCGCAGCCUGUCGUCGUGCGGGAGGAGCAACACGUUCAACUCGAUGUCGUCGUGCUCGUCGGGCGACUCGGCGUGCUCGAAGCGCUCGCUCAAGUGCACUCUCAGGCGCGUCAUGUCGCUCAAGCGUCUCUAAGGACCCGCUCGACGAUCACUGGGUCGCCGUCGCCGCACGCCGUCCAGCUGUACCACCACGCGCCAUCUCGGCGCACGAUCCGCUCGUCGGGCACGUCUCGUCGCAGCCCACCUUUCACCAUUCAGCCACCAUGGACCCAGGAGCGCACUCUCACGUUGUUUGAGCAGAAGACGAGGUCACAUUGCCAGGGAGGAAGAGUACAUAGUGUUUCCCGUUCGUCACCUCGAGGGCUGCGUCGUCGCCCUCGUUCGUCAUGUUGUCAUUACAAGCAGUGCCCUUAUC